CGCGCCGGCCGCCCGGGGACGCGCACGGGCUCGUCUCUGCCCUAAUGCGGCGGCUGGCGGCGAGAGGCGCUGCAGGGGACGUGGGAGAAGUGGCGGCGCCGGCGGCGGACAGCACCGACUGCGCCCAGGGCCGGAGCCCGCGCCCUCCGAGGUUGAUUGACUUAUGUGCAAUUUGGGACCCUGGAGUUUUCCUUCCUGCUGCAGGCUGGAAGAGAGCCUCUGGUACCGCAAGAAGGAGGCUGAAUGAGGCAGAGGCGGUGAGUGGGCUGAGCUCUGUCCGGGAGGCCCAGGUAGAGCGGCUGGAGGCAGCAAGACCCUGCAGGCCGGGGAGCAGGGAGCGGGACCCCGUGCUGAGGAUGGCCAGGCAGCAGCCGCCGCCCUGGGUCCACACAGCCAUCCUGCUCUGCCUCCUCAACCUCACUGGGGCCAUCGAGAUUCCUAUGGAUCUAUCCCAGCCCCCAACCAUCACCAAGCAGUCAGUGAAGGACCACAUCGUGGAUCCCCGUGAUAACAUCUUGAUUGAGUGUGAAGCAAAGGGGAACCCUGCCCCCAGCUUCCACUGGACUCGAAACAGCAGGUUCUUCAACAUCGCCAAGGACCCCCGAGUGUCAAUGAGGAGGCGAUCUGGGACCCUGGUGAUCGACUUCCGCAGCGGGGGGCGGCCCGAGGAAUAUGAGGGGGAAUACCAGUGCUUCGCCCGCAACAAAUUUGGCACAGCCCUAUCCAAUAGGAUCCGUCUGCAGGUGUCCAAGUCUCCCCUGUGGCCCAAGGAAAACCUAGACCCUGUCGUGGUUCAAGAAGGCGCUCCCUUGAUGCUCCAGUGCAACCCCCCGCCCGGACUUCCAUCCCCAGUCAUCUUCUGGAUGAGCAGCUCCAUGGAGCCCAUCACUCAAGACAAGCGCGUCUCUCAGGGCCAUAACGGCGACCUGUAUUUCUCUAACGUGAUGCUGCAGGACAUGCAGACAGACUACAGCUGCAACGCACGCUUCCACUUUACGCACACCAUCCAGCAGAAGAAUGCCUUCACCCUCAAGGUCCUCACCAACAACCCCUAUAAUGACUCGUCCUUAAGAAACCACCCUGACAUGUAUAGUGCGCGAGGAGUUGCAGAAAGAACACCCAGCUUCAUGUAUCCCCAGGGCACGGCGAGCAGUCAGAUGGUGCUGCGUGGCAUGGAUCUCUUGCUGGAGUGCAUCGCCUCCGGGGUCCCAACACCAGACAUCGCAUGGUACAAGAAGGGUGGGGACCUCCCAUCUGACAAGGCCAAGUUUGAGAACUUUAACAAGGCUCUCCGUAUCACCAACGUCUCCGAGGAAGACUCUGGGGAGUAUUUCUGCCUGGCCUCCAACAAGAUGGGCAGCAUCCGGCACACGAUCUCGGUGAGAGUAAAGGCUGCUCCCUACUGGCUGGACGAACCCAAGAACCUUAUCCUGGCUCCUGGCGAGGACGGGAGACUGGUGUGUCGAGCCAAUGGGAACCCCAAGCCCACUGUCCAGUGGAUGGUAAAUGGGGAACCUCUGCAAUCGGCACCACCCAACCCAAACCGCGAGGUGGCUGGGGACACCAUCAUCUUCCGGGACACCCAGAUCAGCAGCAGGGCUGUGUACCAGUGCAACACCUCCAACGAGCACGGCUACCUGCUGGCCAACGCCUUCGUCAGCGUGCUGGACGUGCCGCCCCGGAUGCUGUCACCCCGGAACCAGCUCAUUAGGGUGAUCCUGUACAACCGGACACGGCUUGACUGCCCGUUCUUUGGGUCCCCCAUCCCCACACUCCGAUGGUUUAAGAACGGGCAGGGAAGUAACCUGGAUGGUGGUAACUACCACGUCUAUGAGAACGGCAGUCUGGAAAUCAAGAUGAUCCGCAAAGAGGACCAAGGCAUCUACACCUGUGUCGCCACCAACAUCCUGGGCAAAGCUGAAAACCAGGUCCGCCUGGAGGUCAAAGACCCCACCAGGAUCUACCGGAUGCCUGAGGACCAGGUGGUCAAGCGGGGCACCACGGUGCAGCUGGAGUGUCGGGUGAAGCACGACCCCUCCCUGAAGCUCGCAGUCUCCUGGCUGAAGGACGACGAGCCUCUCUACAUUGGAAACAGGAUGAAGAAGGAAGACGACUCCCUGACCAUCUUCGGUGUGGCCGAGCGGGACCAGGGCAGUUACACCUGCGUUGCCAGCACUGAGCUGGACCAGGACCUGGCCAAGGCCUCCCUUACUGUGUUAGCUGAUCAGGCCACUCCAACUAACCGUUUGGCUGCCCUGCCCAAAGGACGGCCAGACCGACCCCGGGACCUGGAGCUCACGGACCUGGCCGAGAGGAGUGUGAGGCUGACCUGGAUCCCAGGGGAUGAUAACAACAGCCCCAUCACAGACUACGUCGUCCAGUUUGAAGAGGACCAGUUCCAGCCCGGGGUCUGGCAUGACCAUUCCAAGUUCCCGGGCAGUGUCAACUCUGCCGUCCUCCGGCUGUCCCCAUAUGUCAACUACCAGUUCCGGGUCAUUGCCAUCAACGAGGUGGGCAGCAGCCACCCCAGCCUCCCCUCUGAGCGCUACCGGACCAGCGGGGCGCCCCCCGAGUCCAAUCCCGCCGACGUGAAGGGAGAAGGCACCAGAAAGAACAACAUGGAGAUUACGUGGACGCCCAUGAACGCCACCUCCGCCUUUGGCCCCAACCUGCGAUACAUCGUCAAGUGGCGACGGAGAGAAACUCGAGAGACGUGGAACAACGUCACAGUAUGGGGCUCCCGCUACGUGGUGGGGCAGACCCCCGUCUACGUGCCCUAUGAGAUCCGAGUCCAGGCCGAAAAUGACUUUGGGAAGGGCCCUGAGCCAGACACUGUCAUCGGUUACUCCGGGGAAGAUUAUCCCAGGGCUGCACCCACUGACGUUAAAAUCCGAGUCCUGAACAGCACAGCCAUCAGCCUUCAGUGGAACCGCGUCUACCCCGACACGGUGCAGGGCCAACUCAGAGAGUACCGAGCUUACUACUGGAGGGAGAGCAGCUUGCUGAAGAACCUGUGGGUGUCUCAGAAGAGGCAGCAAGCCAGCUUCCCUGGUGACCGCCCCCGGGGCGUGGUGUCCCGCCUCUUCCCCUACAGUAACUACAAGCUGGAGAUGGUUGUGGUCAAUGGGAGAGGCGAUGGGCCUCGCGGUGAAACCAAGGAGUUCACCACCCCGGAAGGAGUACCCAGUGCCCCCAGGCGUUUCCGAGUCCGGCAGCCCAACCUGGAGACAAUCAACCUGGAAUGGGAUCAUCCAGAACACCCCAAUGGGAUCCUGAUUGGAUAUACUCUCAAAUACGUGGCCUUUAAUGGAACCAAAUUAGGAAAGCAGAUAGUGGAAAACUUCUCUCCCAAUCAGACCAAGUUCACGGUGCAAAGAGCAGACCCCGUGUCGCGCUACCGCUUUACCCUCAGUGCCAGGACGCAGGUGGGCUCUGGGGAAGCAGUCACAGAGGAGUCACCGGCACCCCCGAACGAAGCUACUCCAACUGCAGCUCCUCCCACGUCGCCCCCGACCACAGUGGGUGCCACAGGCGCCCCCGCUGCCACCACCGAAGCCACAACAGUCCCCACCAUCCCAAGUGUCUCACCUACCACCGUGGCCACCACUACCGUCGCCACGACUACAACCACUGCCGCCACCACCACGGAGAGGCCUCCCACCACCACCUCCGGGACUAAGAUGCCCGAAUCCGCCCCCGACAGGCAGUCCAUAUGGAACGUCACGGUGCUCCCCAACAGUAAAUGGGCCAACAUCACCUGGAAGCACAAUUUCGGGCCCGGAACUGACUUUGUGGUUGAGUACACCGACAGCAACCAUACGAGAAAAACUGUCCCUGUUAAGGCCCAGGCCCAGUCUGUACAGCUGACAGACCUCUAUCCCGGGAUGACAUACACGUUGCGCGUUUAUUCCCGGGACAACGAGGGCAUCAGCAGUACCAUCAUCACCUUUAUGACCAGUACAGCUUACACCAACAACCAGGCAGACAUCGCCACCCAGGGCUGGUUCAUUGGGCUCAUGUGUGCCAUCGCCCUCCUGGUGCUGAUCCUGCUCAUCGUCUGUUUCAUCAAGAGGAGUCGAGGUGGCAAGUACCCAGUGCGAGAAAAGAAGGAUGUUCCCCUGGGCCCCGAAGACCCCAAGGAAGAGGACGGCUCCUUUGACUACAGUGACGAGGACAACAAGCCCCUGCAAGGCAGCCAGACGUCCCUGGAUGGCACCAUCAAGCAGCAGGAGAGUGACGAUAGCCUGGUGGACUAUGGCGAGGGUGGCGAGGGGCAGUUCAACGAGGACGGGUCCUUCAUCGGCCAGUACACAGUCAAAAAGGACAAGGAGGAGACAGAGGGCAAUGAAAGCUCAGAGGCCACGUCGCCUGUCAACGCCAUCUAUUCUCUGGCCUAAUGGAGCCCUCCCCCCCCAACCCAGGGCACAGCCACUACUUUGCAAGUGGGAGGAGGGGAGAGGGGCAGAUGAAGGCACUGCAGACCUACCACACAGCCACCACCACCUUCAGGGACAAGGAAGGGUACAACAAGGGGGUCUGCCAAGCUGUGAGGACCAGUGACCGCCCAGCCAACCCCAACCCCCUCCCGAUGACCCCCCCUGCACCCCUGGGGUGCCACCAUGUGGAAGAGCUAGAGUCCAGGCUAAGCUCAGCUGGAGGGAACCCAGCCCUUUGCUCAGCCUCAUGGCCACCUUGAGCCUUCCACCCCCACUGCCCGCCCUUGACCUCAGCGCGCACACCAGUUGCUGUUGGUUAUGGCCCUUCAUGUUGUCUUUAUUUUUGCUUUGUGCAUCUUCCCCAUCCAGACCUAGCAUCUCCAUUUUCUUUUCCUUUCGAAGAAAUGUCCCUGGACAAAGAAAGAAUAGGUGGAUUCUCCCCCAGAUAGGCAAAAGGAUUGACCUGUAAAAGAACAUCGAGAAAAGCUGUCGUAUUCACACCGCCACCUGGCCAAUGUAUUUCCGAAGGAUGCCUUUCUCGCCAGAUGCCUCCCCGGGCCCCCAACCCAUGCGCCUUGGCCUUGUCAGUUGCUGAGCGGGGCUUGGCUCUUUUCUGGAAAAUGACAGUAUUUUUGGCAGGGAGAGAAUGGGCAGGCCUGCUUGCCUCGCUCUGGUUCAGUCGGGAGGUGGGCUUACCUCUUGCUCCUUGCUCUCACCCUGCCCCUUCCUCCAGAGUGUCCCAGACAAGAACUGCGCCAGCUCUGAAGGAGUCUGAGGAACAGGAGUGGCCACGGAUGGGAAGAGCUUCGACACCCGUGGCCGAGUACCUCAAGCAGAAGGAAACCGGGCAUCUGGUCCCUGGGGAGCUGUGCUCACCUCAGGAGAGAAGGAAAGGGCUGGGUUUGGACUUCCUUCCUCCCCAUCAAUGAAACCCAGGAUGUGGGAGAGAGGACCAUGCCCCCUGCCUGCAGGGGAGAGGGUGCCCCCUACCUGGUCAGGGAUCUCCGCCGCUGCCCUCACGGAGAUGGAACCAGGCAAUGCAGAAGCUUUGCUGGUGUGUUUGGGGGUGUAACUUGCUGCUCCCCCUCUUGUCUCUAGCAGAGAGCAUCUCCUCGGUCAAUUCUGUAAGACGUUGAAAGUGGUGUUUUACACCGUGCCACCCCACCCCCCACCCCCCGGCCCCGAGACCGAACCAGCGUGUCCUCUCCUUGGGGUAUUUACAUAUCAGGAGAGCCCGUGGGAACACCACGCUGACCGCGCCGGAGAGCCUGGCUUGGGGACCCCGCGCCCUCCGGAUGCCUUAUGCAGCUCUGAUCUGGCCCUGCAGCUCCCAGGUUCCCAGCCCCUGCCCACAAGCCUCGAAGCCUCCAGCCAUGUCUGUCUCGAGAGUGGGGCGGCCCCUGCAAAUGUCACCGCAGAACGAGAGCAACCACUCGACGCGUGCCCUGCAUCCCGUUGCCCCCGCCGGAGACCCUGGCCGACUCCAGUUCUCUGAGACCGAAGGCGCGGCCUUCAUCCUCCCCACCUAAUCCGUUUCUGAAACCAAAGGUACCUAGCCUCAGAGAGAGAUCUUGAGCCUGAAAGCAAGCCGGUGGCUGUCGCUGCAGCUAGAGUCCAUUUCGGGAGGGUGAAGCUGACCCCUAGUGAUGGCCUGCCUCUGGCACAGCCUCUGAUUCGAGCCUCCAGCUGCUUGCAGGGCGGCCUGGGCAGGAAUGGGGCUGUGUCCUUCAGAGGCUCAAUUAAAGCAUCAUUUGCCACACGUUUUAAACCACAAAGGUAUUAGCAAUGCUUGCAUCACUUAGUAAUCAGUCAUUUGAAGGUCAAGCCCGUAGACACAUGUACUCUGUCUGCAGGUAAGAAACCAUAGCCCAGAGCUGAGCCAAUUAUGUUGUUUGAACCUGAGAGCAAGUAACGGGCCUUUGGCCCCAGCCGUGGCCAGCCUUGCGGCCCAGAAGCCUGAGGGGCAGCUCUCUCAUGGUGAAAGGAGACAGGGUGAAUAAUGGGGGGCUAGGAGUGAGCUCAGGGGUCCCCUCCCCUGGCUUUCCUCUGACGCCUGCCUGCAUACAGCGGGGCAUUCCUGCACCCAAGCCCAGUGUCCCUCAAGGGACUGUCAGGGAAGUGUGCCUGUGCACUGAAUUGAAGGACCAGCCUUUCCAGAAAACACUCUGGAUCGGAGCAGAGCAGUCUCGGGCCCCUCACUCCAUGGGACACCCCUCACACUAGUGGGCUCAGUGUACCGCAGACAGGCUCGUAGGGUGAGGGGACCGUGCGCUGUCAUGGCGCCAGCCCGCCUGCCGCGCAGCCAAGGACCGCAGAAGGGCUUCUGCCUGCACGGGGUCUGGAGGAGAGCGGGUCCCUCAGCCCGGCCGGCUCUGAGCCACAGCUGCCCUCGGCAGCCACGAGGAGAGGCGCUGCCCGCGCCACCACACCGCCCACCCCUGGCAGGUGGGCGCCAGCCUGAGCCUGGAGAAGCAGUCCUGCGCAAGCAGAGAUGCUUAGAGAGGUGUGUGGCUGGCAGGGUUCGGGAGCAGCCCUUCCAGGAAGAGGAUGUCCGUUUUCCAUGGGCCCGUGCCAGAGCCGAGCCCGCGUAGCCGGAAAGCAGUAUUGGCCCACACCACCCGGCCAGCUGGGGCGCCCAAGCAGCCCCCCGAAAACCUACCAACCGUGGAGCCAGGAGACGGGACACCACUGCCGCUUCCGCCUGCCUGGCUGUUGGUGGGGGGCAUCUUGCAGCGACCCCAGAAGCCCUUUGCCUGUGCUGCGGGCCCAGCUGCUGUGCUCGGCCGUCAGGCUGUGGGCUCAGGAGACACUCCUGAGCUUCUAGAGUGAGCCGGGCUCGGAGCCAUAGUCAUGCGUGGCCCCUGCCCUCCCAGGGCUCACAGGCCUGGGGCUGAGGCUCAGGACACAGAGGGCAUUGGUUGGGAGCACGCUGAGUGCUUAAGCCACCGAUGGCUCCAGGCUCAAAGGGAGACGCUUCGGGGAGAGCACAUGGUCCACAAGGCUGAGCGAGACGGAGCGGUCAGAGCCUGCAGGGUGGGGUCGAGGACAAGUACUGCUUCCUGAGCCUCUUUGCUCUGCCCCUUGGGGCAAGUUCCUUAACUUGUCUGUAUGUUGGUGCCCCCGUCUCCCCUAUGUCAUCCAUCCUUUGAAUACCUCUCCCCACAGAGGGGCAGGGGCCCACCUGAAGGAGCAGGAAGGCCAGCGUGUAAGGAGUAGAGCGCUGCAGGGCCAGGGGACAGCUGCCACCCACCUUGCCUGGCUUUUGGUGGAGGGGACCCAUCUUUCCUUACCUUGCUAUUGAAGAGAUGGUUGAGGUUCGGUUGAAGGGAAAACCAGACUAGCUCUUUCCCUUGUCCAUUGCCUUUGCCCUGGGAGGUGGGAGGCAUCUGGUCCACCCCUUUCUGGCAAGUCCCAAGGUCUGGAGACGUGUCCACCUGUCCAAGAGGCAGCGCGUGCCAACACUGCUCACCCUGCAAGGGAUAUCUGCAACCUUGGCCAGAUACUGCGUCCACAGCUUUCCCGAACACGGCCUUCGGGAAGGGCUGAGGACACACGUGGGCUUUCCAGCUAAGGGGCUGCCUCCCCCGCCCACACCCAGCACCCACGCACGGGCCGACCCACACAGUAGGGCAGCACUUUCAGGGGCAACAGUACUGAUUAUGACAUCUUAGGGUGAGUUCACACCCCGACCCCUUGAGACGAGAUGUGAAGGGCCGCCUGGGGUGCAGUGUGCAGCUCAGGACAAGGGGGAAGAGGCUGCCCAGGUUGGACCCCAUUUGAGGGAUUCCCGCCAACAGAGCUGAGAGAGAAAGUCUGAUCCGAAGGAGAGGGAAGCUUCCCUGGGAACAGCCCAGGGCAGAGGUUCUUUAAGGGUCAUGGGGCCCUUUGCAGGAUCCGAGCCAAGCCACAGAGAGUCACAGAGAGCCCAUGGGACUGUGGGGAUUUAAAACGCUUAGCCUCAGUCUUAGCAAAGCUGCUUCGCUAACACUGAGGCGGGGAGGCUCCCCCGGCUCUCAGGGGGUGGGCAGCAGGUUCCUCGGAUGCUGGCACAGGGCGUGCUCCCCAUUCGUGACACCUUGGUCACCACUCCUACAGCCCCUGCCAAACACACACACGUCUGCUAGGAAGAAAUCACCCGGCGGAUCCUGGUUGAGCUUCGCAUGGUGGCUUAGGAGUAGCAUGUAGGAGGUCCCUGAUUUAAAAAAAAAAAAAAAAAAUCGGAGGAGACAAUGAAACAAACUUGAAAUGCCAGGAGGAGACAGUGGCCCAGGCAGAGCCAACUCCGGGCAGUCCCGUCCCCUAAACCAGGCAGGGGCCAGCCCUUGGGAGUUCGAACCAACCUUACUGCUGUUGCCAGCCGGCCCAGCCCAAGCCCGGGCAGCGCCCUGCCUUCUCCCCCCUGUUGAGAACAGCCUUCCCGAGACAGGUUCAGAGAAGGAUCAGAGGGACAGGACAACCACCCAGGGAAGCCACGAGACCCCACCGAGCAGUGUCUUGCGCCACACGCCCACCCAGCGCACCUCUAUCAACAUAGUAUUAAACAGAAGUCCUGUGAUGCUAAGGCUGGAAACGAGCUCAGUCCCAGGGUGCGUCGCUUUGGAUAGCCUCAGACUGCAGCACGCGGAGGAAUCACAGAGCUGAUCUCAUGGACAGGACUCUUCGUGCAGACGAGGACACUAAAAUCCACGGAGGGGAAGGGACUUCCCUGAGGUCCCGCGGCUGGUAAAUCAGGGUGAGGGGAGGGCUUGAACCCCGGCCUCCGAGUCCUUGUCUAGGGUUCUCCACCGGCCCCCAGGGGCCUCCUUGGAAAUAGAGGUGUAACUUCACAUCUGUCUGUACCUCUUAUCACUUCUCCCCCAUCCUCCGUACGCCUCCCAAAAUGAAAGACACAAAGGAUUUUUUUGAGGCCAAGACCAGGCCGUCUGCGGCAGCCCACGGGGAAGCCAGCCUCGCAGGGCAGACCCGGGCCAGGAGAGAGUGAUGAGCUGACUGGUGUUUGUCACUGUGAAGUCUCGACUGUACUCUGGAGUGGCGUCUCUUGUUUCGUGAUACUUGGGACCCCCAGCAGUCUGCGUCCCUUGGGCCCUCGGCCGUGGAGGCUCGGCCACCCCGGGGCUCACUGGGCUGGAGUUCAGCACACAUGAAGAGUUCAGUGAAGCAAUAAACACAAAAAUCUGGGAGAAGAAAUCCAGAAUUUUGUGCCCUACUCUGUUACUUUUUCAAAAACGAUGCCAAUCGGAUGACCCUGCCCGUUUUUUUGUUUGUUUGUUUGUUUUUGAUCCCCCCAAUUGGACAUCCUCAGUCAGUGUUGUCCCUCUGCCCAGCUCCCAGCUCUUUGCCACCUUCACCCUCCUCCUGGGCUGAGCAUCAGUCACCUGUGACGUGGCCGCCUUCUGUCCCGGUCCCACCUCCAGCCCACCCUGGCCCAAGAGGACCUCCCGCCCUGCCUCCCCCCCGCCAGCACCCCUUUCCCCCCCACACACACCGUGCCGCCUUGUUUCUUCCGGGGAGGGUAUUUUUUCCCCGACGUCUCCAUGCCUUCCCGCACACCCACACACCUACAGAGUGGUCUGAUCUUUUUUCCAUUGGUUAAAGAUUUAACUCUCCAUGGCAGACCUUGUUUUAACCCGUCUCACAUCAUGUUCUUUCCUCUUUGCAAGUUAUUUUGCAUUAACCAACGUUGUCAGCGACAGAUGCGGAUCUGAGGGUGUCACGCACGACCUUCAGCAGGGAAGACUUCCGGGCCGCGGAGGACCAUCUAAUACAUGGACUUAUAAACUGACUGCAUGAGCAAUGAAAAGGCCAAAUUAUUCAGAAUUUUUUUUUUUGGGGAAUCACUGUAAAAAAAAAAAAAAACUGAUUUCUUUUGUAUAGAGAACACUAAACGUAUAAUAAAAGUUGUUCAAAAUGGA